AUGGGCAUCAAAGUGUGUGUGGCCAAUGAAGCCGACAUGGACAGACUUUUUGAGAUCACAUCACUAGCUUUUGAACGCAACGAGCCUGUCUGGGAUGCCAUGUACCCGUCACACUGGACUGCUGAAGGGCGCAAGCACGGAGCAGAACGACUACGUGACGUCCAGAAAUCCGAUCCCCACGCCACGUUCCUGAAAGCAGUGGACGAUGAGACUGGUGAAAUCGCAGGCAUGGCGAAGUGGCUCAUCUUUCAAUCUGCCUUCCCAGACUCAAUUACGCUCGACGCAAAGUACUGGCCGACCGAAGCGGACUACAAGUAUUACCAAGACAUGGUUCCCAUCUUCUUGUCACGACGCAACGAAGCCUUGAAACGAACCAACGGCAAUCUAGUCUCGUUAGAUCUAUUGACCGUUGACCCAGUCCAUCAGAAUAAGGGCGUAGGGCAAGCUCUGGUUGAAUGGGGAACUGCCAAGGCAGACUCAUUAGAUCUGGAGGCUGUGGUAGAGAGCAGUGUUUUUGGAAAAAGGCUGUACGAGAAGAACGGCUUCGUUUUCAAAGAGCAGGUCGAAGUUGCCGUGCCCGGCGAAAUUGAUCGAGCUCCAGGUGCCUUCGCUUGGUUGGAGCGUCCAAAGAGGUCUUCAAAAUCAUCCGUGUGGGCGUGA